CGUGGUCGGCCAGAUCUCUCCGUUCAUGAUCUCUAUAAAUUGAAGGGCAUUCCUUCGCUCUUAGGCAUCUGCUACUCACUGAUCAACCCUCGUAGGACUCGAGAGCCCAAAUAGAAAAGAAAAGAGAAAGUAAGAGAGAGCAGCUAGAGUAUCGACAAUGAGAUCGGUGUCGCGAGUGACGAUGAUGCUACUAAUGGUCGCGACAAUAGUCGUGACCAUGAGCAAUGUGCCGGUGAGUGGCCAGACAAGCCCGAGCCAGUGCAAGGAAGAGAGGAAGCAGCUGGAGGGUAAUUGCAGGCCUGUGAUAUUCGGGAGACAGCCAUCUCCCGAGUGUUGCGCGAGGGUUAGGGUUACUCAUGUCGAGUGCGUGUGCCCUUAUGUCACCCCCAAAUUGGCUGCUCUCAUCGGCGUCGACCGCACCAUCAAGCAGAUCGAGGGCUGCGGCCGGACCGUCCCUCGCAACUUCAAGUGUGGAAGUGUUACCACUCCUCCUUGAGCGAGGAUCGAUCCCCCGCAAGCAGUUGCGCGCUAUCAUAAUAAAGGUUUCCUUGAAUAAGAGAUAUACUCAAGCGCCAUGGAUUUAACUGGAGAUUUUAUGAUGUAGCAUGGCCUUAGGCAAUCUUCCCUUUGCUUUUUCCUUCUGAAAUCUAUUAUGUAAGCUUUUGGAUUAUGGAAUGAUAUACCGAUGUUGAGAUUUCGAGAGA